AUGGCCGAUCGUAACAACCACAGCUCCCAGAUGGGGUUGAGGAGGAGAAGGGCUGAGGAGGAGAAGAGGUCGUGCUGCUCUCUCUCUGAGCUGAAGAAAGUCCCUAAGUGUUACGUGGAGCUGGAUCCACUGUCCUUCAGCAGAACUCACACCGUCCUCAUAGAUGUAAGACUCUCUGGCAUCGCUCUGUCUGGUCUGAACGACUGUGUGUCUUUUUUUGUUUGUGAUUAUGGAGAGAAUGAGGAGGAGGUAGAUGUCUGAACAGCGCCUUCUUCACCACACUGCCUGUGUGGGUGAACCAUUUCAGAUUGAUAGUAAUGUGUAUGCCGAGGAACUUGAAGCUUUUCACCUUCCCAACUGCAUGCAGAUUAAACAGUGCAGAUUAAUAAAAAAGCUUGCAUCUAAAGCGACUGAGAGAGAACUGGAGUGUUGAAAUCAUUACAUUCUAUCACAGAUCAGUUAUGUCUCUCUCUACCUUCCCUAUUCAGGUGAAUGAGUUAUGCCAUAAAAUGACAUUGAAAGCUCAGCCUGGACAGCAUGUGUGGAACAGGGACUUUGUUAAGAUGCCCUGCUCACCAGAAAGCCACAUCAAGACUGGAUCGGUGGGUUCAUUGAUUCAUUAGUUUAUUGAUUGAUUGAUUGAUACAUUAUUUGUCGAUUGACUGGUUCAAUAGAAUGGUUGAUUGAUUGGUUUGUUGGCUUAAUGAUUGAUUUGUUAGUAGGUUGGUUAGUUGAGUGGUUAGUUGGUUGAGUAGUUAGUUGGUUGAUUGGUAAGUUGGUUUAUUGGUUAGUUGGUUGAUUUGUUGAUUUGUUAGUUGGUUGAUUGGUUAGUUGGUUGAUUGGUCAGUUGGUUGGUUGGUUGAUUGAUUCAUUGAUUGUUCCCAGUUAACCAGCUCUGAGGCAGGUCUGUGGGAGGUGGUCUCUAAACAGCUGGUGAGUCUGGCCAAGAAGACCACUGCAUCAGUGGGUGACGUAGAGGUACACACACACACACAAACACACACACACACACACACACACACACAAACACACACACACCAAACACACACACACAAACACACACACACAAACACACACACACACUCACACACACAAACACACACACACAAACACACACACACACACACACACACACACACACACACUCAUGCCCCUAUUAUCUUAACAUUUCCUAACAUGCCUCCUCAUGUUAACUUGGGUUUGGGGUAACAGUUAAGGUAGAGGUUAGCAUGUUUGACCAGUACUGUGUAACUAUGAUGUUCAUGUGUCUCUCCACUUAGAAAGCCAUAAAGAAAUACAACCCAAAGUAUGAAAACCAAUGGUCCUUUGAUGCCCUGCACACCUUUGUUCAGGUCAGUUAUCAGUUCACUGUGAAUGGUCAACUCUCUCUAAUGGUGGUGUUAUAUAGACUGAACUAAAAUAUAAAAGCAACAUGUAAAGUGUUGGUCCCAUGUUUCAUGAGCUGAAAUAAAAGAUCCCAUACAUUUUCCAUAUAGUUACAUAUAUUCUCCUCUCCCUCUCUCCUCUAGUUUAUAAUGAUAUAUAUUCUCCUCUCCCUCUCUCCUCUAGUUUAUAAUGAUAUAUAUUUCCUCUCCCUCUCUCCUCUAGUUUAUAAUGAUAUAUAUUCUCCUCUCCCCUCUCCUCUAGUUUAUAAUGAUAUAUAUUCUCCUCUCCCCUCUCCCUCUAGUUUAUAAUGAUAUAUAUUCUCCUCUCCCUCUCUCCUCUAGUUUAUAAUGAUAUAUAUUCUCCUCUCCCUCUCUCCUCUAGUUUAUAAUGAUAUAUAUUCUCCUCUCCCUCUCUCCUCUAGUUUAUAAUGAUAUAUAUUCUCCUCUCCCUCUCUCCUCUAGUUUAUAAUGAUAUAUAUUCUCCUCUCCCUCUCCCUCUAGUUUAUAAUGAUAUAUAUUCUCCUCUUCCUCUCCCUCUAGUUUAUAAUGAUAUAUAUCUCUCUCCCUCUCUCCUCUAGUUUAUAAUGAUAAUAUUCUCCUCUACCUCUCUCCUCUAGUUUAUAAUGAUAUAUAUUCUCUCUCCCUCUCUCCUUUAGUUUAUAAUGAUAUAUUCUCCUCUCCCUCUCUCUUCUAGUUUAUAAUGAUAUAUAUUCUCCUCUUCCCCUCUCCUCUAGUUUAUAAUGAUAUAUAUUCUCCUCUUCCUCUCCCUCUAGUUUAUAAUGAUAUAUAUUCUCCUCUCCCUCUCUCCUUUAGUUUAUAAUGAUAUAUAUUCUCCUCUCCCUCUCUCCUCUAGUUUAUAAUGAUAUAUAUUCUCCUCUCCCUCUCUCCUCUAGUUUAUAAUGAUAUAUAUUCUCCUCUCCCUCUCUCCUUUAGUUUAUAAUGAUAUAUAUUCUCCUCUCCCUCUCUCCUCUAGUUUAUAAUGGAUAUAUUCUCCUCUCCCUCUCUCCUCUAGUUUAUAAUGAUAUAUAUUCUCCUCUCCCUCUCUCCUCUAGUUUAUAAUGAUAUAUAUUCUCCUCUCCCUCUCUCCUCUAGUUUAUAAUGAUAUAUAUUCUCCUCUACCUCUCUCCUUUAGUUUAUAAUGAUAUAUAUUCUCCUCUCCCUCUCUCCUCUAGUUUAUAAUUAUUAUAUUCUCCUCUCCCUCUCUCCUCUAGUUUAUAAUGAUAUAUAUUCUCUCUAUCCUCUCCCUCUAGUUUUAUAAUGAUAUAUAUUCUCUUACCCUCUCUCCUCUAGUUUAUAAUGAUAUAUAUUCUCCUCCCCCUUCCUCUAGUUUAUAAUGAUAUAUAUUUCUCUCCCUCUCCCUACUAGUUUAUAAUGAUAUAUAUUCUCCUCUCCCUCUCUCCUCUAAUUUAUAAUGAUAUAAUUCUCCUCUCCUCUCUCCUCUAGUUUAUAAUGAUAUAUAUUCUCUCUCCCUCUCCUCUAGUUUAUAAUGAUAUAUAUUCUCUCUCCCUCUCUCCUCUAGUUUAUAAUGUAUAUAUUCUCCCCUCCUCUCUUCUAGUUUAUAAGAUAUAUAUUCUCUCUCCACUCUCUCUAGUUUAUAAUUAUAUAUAUUCUCCUCUCCUCUCUCCUCUAGUUAUAAUGAUAUAUAUUCUCCUCUCCCUCUCCUUAGUUAUAAUGAUAUAUAUCUCCUCUCCUCUUCCUCUAGUUUAUAAUGAUAUAUAUUCUCUCUCCCUCUCUCCUCUAGUUUAUAAUGAUAUAUAUUCUCCUCUCCCUCUCUCCUCUAGUUUAUAAUUAUAUAUAUUCUCCUCUCCCUCUCUCCUCUAGUUUUAUAAUGAUAUAUAUUCUCCUCUCCCUCUCCCUCUAGUUUAUAAUGAUAUAUAUUCUCCUCUCCCUCUCUCCUCUAGUUUAUAAUGAUAUAUAUUCUCCUCUCCCUCUCUCCUCUAGUUUAUAAUGAUAUAUAUUCUCCUCUCCCUCUCACCUCUAGUUUAUAAUUAUAUAUAUUCUCCUCUCCCACUCUCCUCUAGUUUAUAAUGAUAUAUAUUCUCCUCUCCCUCUCUCCUCUAGUUUAUAAUGAUAUACAGUGGGGGAAAAAAAGUAUUUAGUCAGCCACCAAUUGUGCAAGAUGAGAGAGGCCUGUAAUUUUCAUCAUAGUUACACGUCAACUAUGACAGACAAAAUUAGAAUUUUUUAUCCAGAAAAUCACAUUGUAGGAUUUUUAAUGAAUUUAUUUGCAAAUUAUGGUGGAAAAUAAGUAUUUGGUCAAUAACAAAGUUUCUCAAUACUUUGUUAUAUACCCUUUGUUGGCAAUGACACAGGUCAAACGUUUUCUGUAAGUCUUCACAAGGUUUUAACACACUGUUGCUGGUAUUUUGGCCCAUUCCUCCAUGCAGAUCUCCUCUAGAGCAGUGAUGUUUUGGGGCUGUCGCUGGGCAACACAGACUUUCAACUCCCUCCAAAGAUUUUCUAUGGGGUUGAGAUCUGGAGACUGGCUAGGCCACUCCAGGACCUUGAAAUGCUUCUUACGAAGCCACUCCUUCGUUGCCCGGGCGGUGUGUUUGGGAUCAUUGUCAUGCUGAAAGACCCAGCCACGUUUCAUCUUCAAUGCCCUUGCUGAUGGAAGGAGGUUUUCACUCAAAAUCUCACGAUACAUGGCCCCAUUCAUUCUUUCCUUUACACAGAUCAGUCGUCCUGGUCCCUUUGCAGAAAAACAGCCCCAAAGCAUGAUGUUUCCACCCCCAUGCUUCACAGUAGGUAUGGUGUUCUUUGGAUGCAACUCAGCAUUCUUUGUCCUCCAAACACGACGAGUUGAGUUUUUACCAAAAAGUUCUAUUUUGGUUUCAUCUGACCAUAUGAUAUUCUCCCAAUCCUCUUCUGGAUCAUCCAAAUGCACUCUAGCAAACUUCAGACGGGCCUGGACAUGUACAGGGAUUUGAGUCCCUGGCGGCGUAGUGUGUUACUGAUGGUAGGCUUUGUUACUUUGGUCCCAGCUCUCUGCAGGUCAUUCACUAGGUCCCCCCGUGUGGUUCUGGGAUUUUUGCUCACCGUUCUUGUGAUCAUUUUGACCCCACGGGAUGAGAUCUUGCGUGGAGCCCCAGAUCGAGGGAGAUUAUCAGUGGUCUUGUAUGUCUUCCAUUUCCUAAUAAUUGCUCCCACAGUUGAUUUCUUCAAACCAAGCUGCUUACCUAUUGCAGAUUCAGUCUUCCCAGCCUGGUGCAGGUCUACAAUUUUGUUUCUGGUGUCCUUUGACAGCUCUUUGGUCUUGGCCAUAGUGGAGUUUGGAGUGUGACUGUUUGAGGUUGUGGACAGGUGUCUUUUAUACUGAUAACAAGUUCAAACAGGUGCCAUUAAUACAGGUAACGAGUGGAGGACAGAGGAGCCUCUUAAAGAAGAAGUUACAGGUCUGUGAGAGCCAGAAAUCUUGCUUGCUUGUAGGUGACCAAAUAAUUAUUUUCCACCACAAUUUGCAAAUAAAUUCAUUAAAAAUCCUACAAUGUGAUUUUCUGAAUUCUAUUUUCAUAGUUGACGUCUACCUAUGAUGAAAAUUACAGGCCUCUCUCAUCUUUGUGGGAGAACUUGAACAAUUGGUGGCUGACUAAAUACUUUUUCCCCCCACUGUAUAUUCUCCUCUCCCUCUCUCCUCUUGUUUAUAAUGAUAUAUAUUCUCCUCUCCCUCUCCCUCUAGUUUAUAAUGAUAUAUAUUCUCCUCUCCCUCUCUCCUCUAGUUUAUAAUGAUAUAUAUUCUCCUCUCCCUCUAGUUUAUAAUGAUAUAUAUUCUCCUCUCCCUCUCUCCUCUAGUUUAUAAUGAUAUAUAUUCUCCUCUCCCUCUCUCCUCUAGUUUAUAAUGAUAUAUAUUCUCCUCUCCCUCUCACCUCUAGUUUAUAAUGAUAUAUAUUCUCCUCUCCCUCUCUCCUCAUAGUUUAUAAUGAUAUAUAUUCUCCCUCUCCCUCUCCUCUAGUUUAUAAUGAUAUAUAUUUUCCUCUCCCUCUCUCCUCUAGUUUAUAAUGAUAUAUAUCUCUCUCCCUCUCCCUCUAGUUUAUAAUGAUAUAUAUUCUCCUCUCCCUCUCUCCUCUAGUUUAUAAUGAUAUAUAUUCUCCUCUCCCUCUCUCCUUUAGUUUAUAAUGAUAUAUAUUCUCCUCUCCCUCUCUCCUCUAGUUUAUAAUGAUAUAUAUUCUCCUCUCCCUCUCCCUCUAGUUUAUAAUGAUAUAUAUUCUCCUCUCCCUCUCUCCUCUAGUUUAUAAUGAUAUAUAUUCUCCUCUCCCUCUCCCUCUAGUUUAUAAUGAUAUAUAUUCUCCUCUCCCUCUCUCCUCUAGUUUAUAAUGAUAUAUAUUCUCCUCUCCCUCUCACCUCUAGGAAGCGCCUAAAGAAGAGAACUACUACACAUCUGUUUUUCCAAAGAUAGCAGAGCUGGCCUCCAGACUGCCUCACUAUAUCAAGAAGGUAACAACAUAGGAACUGCAUUAUGUACACUAUGUAGGCUACAGAGGUAGUGUACUAUGUAGGGUACAAAUGUAGUGUAAUAUGUAGGGUACAGAGGUAGCGUACUAUGUAGGGUACAAAGGUAGUGCACUAUGAAGGGUACAUAGGUAGUGUAUUGUGUAGGGUACAGAGGUAGCGUACUAUGUAGGGUAAAGAGGUAGUGCACUAUGAAGGGUACAUAGGUAGUGUAUUGUGUAGGGUACAGAGGUAGCGUACUAUGUAGGGUACAGAGGUAGUGCACUAUGAAGGGUACAUAGGUAGUGUAUUGUGUAGGGUACAGAGGUAGCGUACUAUGUAGGGUAGAGAGGUAGUGCACUAUGAAGGGUACAUAGGUAGUGUAUUGUGUAGGGUACAGAGGUAGCGUACUAUGUAGGGUACAGAGGUAGUGCACUAUGAAGGGUACAUAGGUAGUGUAUUAUGUAGGGUAGAGAGGUAGUGCACGAUUUACAUUUACAUUUACGUCAUUUAGCAGACGCUCUUAUCCAGAACGACUUACAAAUUGGUGCAUUCACCUUAUAGCCAGUGGGAUAACCACUUUACAAUGUUUUCUUUUUGGGGGGGUAAGGGGGGGGGGGGGGGGGGGGGGGGGGGGGGGGGGGGGGGUAGUAGAAGGAUUACUUUAUCCUAUCCCAGGUAUUCCUUAAAGAGGUGGGGUUUCAAAUGUCUCCGGAAGGUGGUGAGUGACUCCGCUGUCCUGGCGUCGUGAGGGAGCUUGUUCCACCAUUGGGGUGCCAGAGCAGCGAACAGUUUUGACUGGGCUGAGCGGGAACUGUGCUUCCGCAGAGGUAGGGGAGCCAGCAGGCCAGAGGUGGAUGAACGCAAUGCCCUCUUUUGGGUGUAGGGACUGAUCAGAGCCUGAAGGUACGGAGGUGCCGUUCCCCUCACAGCUCCGUAGGCAAGCACCAUGGUCUUGUAGCAGAUGCGAGCUUCAACUGGAAGCCAGUGGAGUGUGCGGAGGAGCGGGGUGAGGUGAGAGAACUUGGGAAGGUUGAACACCAGACGGGCUGCGGCAUUCUGGAUGAGUUGUAGGGGUUUAAUGGCACAGGCAGGGAGCCCAGCCAACAGCGAGUUGCAGUAAUCCAGACGGGAGAUUACAAGUGCCUGGAUUAGGACCUGUGCCGCUUCCUGUGUAAGGCAGGGUCGUACUCUCUGAAUGUUGUAGAGCAUGAACCUACAGGAUCGGGUCACCGCCUUGAUGUUAGCGGAGAACGACAGGGUGUUGUCCAGGGUCAUGACAAGGCUCUUCGCACUCUGGGAGGAGGAAACAACGGAGUUGUCAACCGUGAUGGCGAGAUCAUGGAACGGGCAGUCCUUCCCCGGGAGGAAGAGCAGCUCCGUCUUGCCAAGGUUCAGCUUGAGGUGGUGAUCCGUCAUCCAUACUGAUAUGUCUGCCAGACAUGCAGAGAUGCGAUUCGCCACCUGGUUAUCAGAAGGGGGAAAGGAGAAGAUUAGUUGUGUGUCGUCUGCGUAGCAAUGAUAGGAGAGGCCAUGUGAGGAUAUGACAGAGCCAAGUGACUUGGUGUAUAGCAAGAAUAGGAGAGGGCCUAGAACUGAGCCCUGGGGGACACCAGUGGUGAGAGCACGUGGUGCGGAUACAGCUUCUCGCCACGCCACUUGGUAGGAGCGACCCGUCAGAUAGAACGCAAUCCAAGAGUGAGCCGUGCCGGAGAUGCCCAGCUCGGAGAGGGUGGAGAGGAGGAUCUGAUGGUUCACAGUAUCAAAAGCAGCAGACAGGUCUAGAAGGACAAGAGCAGAGGAGAGAGAGUUAGCUUUAGCAGUGCGGAGAGCCUCUGUGACACAGAGAAGAGCAGUCUCAGUUGAAUGACCAGUCUUGAAACCUGACUGGUUUGGAUCAAGAAGGUCUUUCUGAGAGAGAUAGCAAGAGAGUUGGCUAAAGACGGCACGCUCAAGAGUUUUGGAGAGAAAAGAAAGAAGGGAUACUGGUCUGUAGUUGUUGACAUCAGAGGGAUCGAGUGUUGGUUUUUUGAGAAGGGGUGCAACUCCGGCUCUCUUGAAGACAGAAGGUACAUAGCCAGCGGUCAAGGAUGAGUUGAUCAGUGUUUUCUAGGAAUAGACUAACUUAGUUUAUUCAGCUAGCUAACUAGGUACAGUAUUCUUCCGUGAAAAUCGUCCAGGGCACCUAGUCAUAAGACGCCACAGCCAGCUAGCAUGCCGGACUCCAACAACACGGUUUAGCACCAAUACUCGGCCACAACAAACCACCAGUGUGUCAACACGCCAAGCAGAUCGUUCAUGUCCAUGUCUAACGUUGUGGGUUAGUCCCGACAGCUUGAGCGAGUCCGUCGUCAACUUAUUCAGCCAGUUAGUUAGCUAGAAUAGUUAGCAUACUGUCACGAUCGUCUACCAAUGAGGAAGCGGACCAAAGCGCAGCGUUGCGAGUGAACAUAAUUUAUUAAUAAACGUACUCACGAAAACAAAACAAAAGACAUUACGUGAAGUUCUCAAGUUACAAAUCACUGACAUACGGAACAUGUAACCAAGAAACAAAAACCCACAAACCCCACAGGAAAACAUACAGAAUAAAUAUGGCUCCCAAUCAGAGAUAACGAGCCGAACAGCUGACACUCGUUACCUCCGAUUGGGAGUCAUUGAACAAACCUAGAAAAACAACAACCUAGACACCCAACCUAGAACAUAAACACAUAGACUGCACACACCCUGGAUAAACAAUAAUGAGUCCCAGCACCAGGGUGUGACAGUACCCCCCCCCUAAAGGCGCGGACUGCGACCGCGCCUCAAAACCCCCAAACAGGGGAGGGCUGGGCGGGGCAUACCUCCUCGGUGGCGGUUCUGGCUCCGGCCUAGACCACCACCCCACCAUAGUCACUUCCCGCUUAUGUAGCCUCCUCCAAAUGACCCCCACCGGUUUAAGGGGCAGCACCUGACUAAGGGGCAGUACCGGACUAAGGGGCAGUACCGGACUAAGGGGCAGUACCAGGCUGAAUGGCGAAUCCUGGCUGGUCGGCUCUGGCGGAUCCCGGCUGGACGGCUCUGGCGGAUCCCGGCUGGACGGCUCCUGGCGGAUCCCGGCUGGACGGCUCUGGCGGAUCCCGGCUGGACGGCUCUGGCGGAUCCCGGCUGGACGGCUCUGGCUGAUCCUGUCUGGCGGAAGGCUCUGGCUGAUCCUGUCUGGCGGAAGGCUCUGGGCUGAUCCUGUCUGGCGGAAGGCUCUGGCUGAUCCUGUCUGGCGGAAGGCUCUGGCUGCUCCUGUCUGGCGGAGAGCUCUAGCGGCUCCGGUCUGGCGGACGGCUCUGUAGGCUCAUGGCAGACGGGCGGCUUUGCAGGCUCAUGGCAGACGGGCAGCUCCUGCGGCGCUUGGCAGACGGACAGUUCAGACGGCGUUGGGCAGACGGGCAGUUCAGGCGCCGUUGGGCAGACGGGCAGUUCAGACGGCGUUGGGCAGACGGACAGUUUCAGGCCCCGUUGGGCAGACGGCAGACUCUGGCCGUCUGAGGCGCAUCGUAGGCUGGUGCGUGGUGCCGGAACAGGAGGUACCCGGGCUGAGGAUACGCAUCUCAGGGCUAGUGCGGGGAGAAGCAACAGGGCAUGCAGGACCCUGGGGACGCACAUAAGUCCUAGUGCGUGGUGCCGGAACUGGUGGUCCCGGGCUGAGGACACGCAUCUCAGGGCUAGUGCGGGAGCAGCAACAGGGCAUGCAGGACCCUGGGGACGCACAUAAGUCCUAGUGCGUGGUGCCGGAACUGGUGGUCCCGGGCUGAGGACACGCAUCUCAGGGCUAGUGCGGGGAUCAGCAACAGGACGCACAGGACUCUGGGAACACACAGGAGGCUCGGUGCGUGGUGUAGGCACUGGUGGUACUGGGCUGGAGCGGGGAGGUGGCGCCGGAAAUACCGGACCGUGCAGGCGUACUGGCUCCCUUGAGCACUGAGCCUGCCCAACCCUACCUGGUUGUAUGCUCCCCGUCGCCCGACCAGUACGGGAAGGAGGAAUAACCCGCACCGGGCUAUGUGGGCGAACCGGGGAAACCAUACGUAGGGCUGGUGCCAUGUAAGCCGGCCCGAGGAGACGCAUUGGUGGCCUGCUGCGUGGGGCCGGCCUCAUGACAUCCGGCUCAACACUCAAUCUAGCCCGGCCGAUACGAGGAGCUGGAAUGUACCGCACCGGGCUAUGCCUGCGUACAGGAGACACCAUGCGCUCUACUGCGUAACAUGGUGUCUGCCCGUACUCCCGCUCUCCACGGUCAGUCCAGGGAGUAGGCGCAGGUCUCCUACCUGCCUUCGCCACACUCCCUUUUAGCCCCCCCCAAGAAAUUUUUGGGGAGUAACCACGGGCUUCCAGCCUCGACUCCGCGCUGCCUCCUCAUACCACCUCCUCUCGGCUGCAGCUGCCUCCAGCUCUUCACGAGGGCGGUGGGUACUCCUCUGGUUGUGCCCAAGGACCCUUUCCAGCCCGUAUCUCCUCCCAUGUCCAAAAGUCCUUAGGAGGCUCCCAUAAAUCCUGCGUAGGUAGGUCCUGUUGCCGCUUGUUACGCCGCUUGGUCCUCUUGUGGUGGGGUUUUUUCUGUCACGAUCGUCUACCAAUGAGGAAGCGGACCAAAGCGCAGCGUUGCGAGUGAACAUAAUUUAUUAAUAAACGUACUCACGAAAACAAAACAAAAGACAUUACGUGAAGUUCUCAAGUUACAAAUCACUGACAUACGGAACAUGUAACCAAGAAACAAAAACCCACAAACCCCACAGGAAAACAUACAGAAUAAAUAUGGCUCCCAAUCAGAGAUAACGAGCCGAACAGCUGACACUCGUUACCUCCGAUUGGGAGUCAUUGAACAAACCUAGAAAAACAACAACCUAGACACCCAACCUAGAACAUAAACACAUAGACUGCACACACCCUGGAUAAACAAUAAUGAGUCCCAGCACCAGGGUGUGACACAUACUAGCUAGCCAUUGCUUUCAGACAAAGAAGAAACCCCUCCUUUCACGGCACGAACACACAGAGAGAGCCAAGCUAACGUUAACUAGUCACCCAUGUCCCGAAUUCCUUGAACGACUCUGGCUACCAAUAUGUAAAAACAAAACACAAAUGUAUGUUAUGACUUACCCCUAGCAGCUACUGUUAGCUAGCCAAGUGCAAAGCUAGCCACUGAAUUGACUCAGCCAGUUCGCGUCUGUUCGCUAGGUCGUUCCAGCUAUUGUUUACUAGUAGCUAUCCAGGUAGCAACAAGCUAGCUAAAUUUCAAGCACAGUAGCCACUUACUACCUAACAUUAACGGUUCAGACAAUGAGGUUAGAAAACAGCUGAAUGGUAGGCAAUUAUUGUAUGUAAUUAUUGUAGGCAGCCAGCUGGCGUAAUUACAGGCACUCUCAGGCGUGAAACAACCAUACCGUUGCUAAUAGUUGCCAGUAGCUACCCACCAGCUAGUCCAGGUAGUGGGUUAGCUAGCUAGCGUCGUGCUUCACUGGGCUCUGCCGAAUACAAUACUAACCUACAAUAAUUACAUACAACAACCCACGAUAACUACCUACAAUACCUAACUACAAUCUAAAUACAUAGUUUAAGCCUUACUCGACAAAGCCCAAACUAUGUAUAAAGCCAAGCUUGCCCGACGACCUCACCCGACAACCUCCUCCUGCUACAGUUGUGUUGUGAUAUAGGGUACAGCGGUAGUCUACUAUGUAGGGUACAGAGAUAGUGUACUGUGUAGGGUACAGAGGUGGUGCACUAGGCUACAGAGGUAGUUUACUAUGUAAGGUACAGAGGUAAUGUACAAUGUAGGGUACAGAGGGGGUUAACUAUGUACGGUAUAGAAGUAGUUCAAUAAGGGACAGAGGUAGUGCACUAGGUAGGGUACUGAGGUAGUGUAUUAUGUAGGGUACAGAGGUAGUGUACUAUGUAGGGUACAGAGGUAGUGUACUAUGUAGGGUACAGAGGUAGUGUACUAUGAAGUGUACAUAGGUAGUGCACUAGUGUACAGAGGUAGUAGCACAGCGCUUGUAACGCCAAGGUAGUGGGUUCGAUCCCCGGGACCACCCAUACACAAAAAAAAAUAUGCACGCAUGACUGUAAGUCGCUUUGGAUAAAAAGCGUCUGCUAAAUGGCAUAUUAUUAUUAUUAUGUAGGGUACAGAGGUAGUGCACUAGGGUACAGAGGUAGUGUACUAUGUAGGGUACAGAGGGGGUUUAUUAUGUACGGUAUAGAAGUAGUGCACUAAUGUACAGAGGUAGUGAAAUAUGUAGGGUACAGAGGUAGUGCACUAGGGUACAGAUAUAGUGUAUUAUGUAGGGUACAGAGGUAGUGUACUAUGUAGGGUACAGAGGUAGUAUACUGUGUAGGGUACAGAGGUAGUGUACUUUGUAGGGUACAGAGGUAGUGUACUAGAAGGUACAGAGGUAGUGCACUAUGAAGGGUACAGAGUUAGUGUACUAUUAGGGUUUACAGCGGUAGUCUACUAUGUAGGGUACAGGGGGUAGUGUAAUAUGUAUGGUAUGGAGGUUUAGUGUAAAUGUAUGGUAUAGAGGUAGUGUAAUGUAUGGUAUAGAGGUAGUGUAAUAUGUAUGGUAUAGAGGUAGUGUAUAUGUAGGGGUAUGGAGGUAGUGUAAUAUGUUUUUAUAGGGUAGUGUAAUAUGUUGGUAUAGGGGUGUAUUGUAUGGUAUAGAGGUAGUGUUUGUAUGGAUAGAGGUAGUGUAAUAUGUAUGGUAUGGAGGUGUGUAAAUGUAGGGUUAUGGGUUUAGUGUACUGUGUAGGGACAGAGGUAGUGUAUAUGUAUGGUGGGGAGGUGGUAGUGGAUAUGUAUGGUAUAGAGGUAUUUGUAAAUGUUGGUAUGGAGGUAGUGUAAUAUGUAUGGUAUAGAGGUAGUGUAAUAUGUAUGGAUAGAGGUGGGUGUAAUAGGGGUUAUAGGGUAGUGAAAUAUGUAUGGUUAGAGGUAGUGUAAUAUGUAUGGUAUGGAGGUAGUGUAUAUGUUGGUUGGAGGGUAGUGUAAUUGUAGGGUUAUAGAGGUAGUGUAUAUGUUGGUAGGGAGGUGUGUAAUAUGUUGGUAUAGAGGUAGUGUAUAUGUUGGUAUAAGGUAUUUUGUCUGUUGUAGGGACAGAGGUAGUGUAUAUGUAUGGUUUAUGAGGUAGUGUAAUCUGUAGGGGAGGGAGGUGUGUAAUAUGUUGGUAUAAGGUUGUGUAAUAUGUAUGGUAUGAGGUGUGUACGUGUCGGCCCGAGGUUAGUGUAAUAUAUAUGGUUAGAGGUAGGUAUAUGUAUGGUUUUUGGGGUUUAGGUGUAAUAUGUAGGGUUAAGAGGUAGUGUAAUAUGUAUGGUAUAGAGGUGUGUAAUAUGUAUGGGUAUAGAGGUAGUGUAAUAUGUAUGGUAUGAGGUAGUGUAAUAUGUAUGGUAGGGUAGUGUAAUAUGUAUGGAUAGAGGUGUGUAAUAUGUAUGGUAUAGAGGUAGGUAAUAUGUUGGUUUAGAGGUAGUGUAUAUGUAUGGUAGGAGGUUAGUGUAUAUGUAUGGUAUAGAGGUAGUGUAAUGUGUAGGGACAGGGUAGGGUUUAGGUUAUAGGAUGGUUGAGUGUGUAAUUGUUGGUAUGAGGGUAAGUGUAUGGGGUUUUGGGUUAGAGGUAUUUGUAAUUGUAGGUAAGGGGGUUAGGUUGUAUUGGGUAUGGUAUGGAGGUAGUGUAAUAGGUUGGUUGGAGGUGUGUUAAAUGUAUGGUAUAGAGGUAGUGUAAUAUGUAUGGUAGGGGAGGUAGUGUAUUGUUGGUAUGAGGUAGUGUAAUUGUAUGGUAUAGGGUAGUGUCUGUGUGGGACCGGGUAGUGUAAUAUGUAUGGUUAGAGGUAGUGUAAUUGUUGGUAUGGACGGUAGUGUAAUUGUAUGGUUGAGGUAGUGUAAUAUGUAUGGUAUAGAGGUGUGUACUGUGUAGGGACAGAGGUAGUGUAAUAAAAUGGUAUAGAGUAGUGUAAUAUGUAUGGUAUGGAGGUAGUGUAAUUAGGGUUUAUAGAGGUGUGUAAUAUGUAUGGUAUGGGGGUAGUGUAAUAUGUAUGGUUAGAGGUUUUGUAUAUGUAUGGUAUAGAGGAGUGUAUAUGUUGGUAUGGGGUAGUGUAAUAUGUUGGUAUAGGUAGGUCUGUGUCGGGACAGAGGUAGGUGUGUAUAGGUUGGGUAUAAGUAGUGUAUAUGUAUGGUUAGAGGUAGUUGUAAUAGGGUAUGGUAUAGAGGUAGUGUAUAUUGUUGGUAUGCGGUAGUGUAAUAUGUAUGGGUAUAGAGGUGUGUAAUAUGUUAGGUUUUGGGGUAGUUUUAAUAUGUAUGGUUUUAGAGGUAGGUUGUAAUAUGUAUGGAUAGAGGUAGUGUAAUAUGUAUGGUUAGAGGUAGUGUAAUGUGUAUGGAUAGAGGUAGUGUAUAUGUAUGGUAUAGAGGUAGUGUAAUAUGUAUGGUAUAGAGGUAGUGUAAUAUGUAUGGUAUAGAGGUAGUGUAAUAUGUAUGGUAUAGAGGUAGUGUACUGUGUAGGGACAGAGGUAGUGUAAUAUGUAUGGUAUAGAGGUAGUGUAAUUUGUAAGGUACAGAGGUAGUGUACUAUGUAGGGUCCAGAGGUAGAGUACUAUGUAGGGUACAGAGAUAGUGUACUAUGUAGGGUACAGAGAUAGUGUACUAUGUAGGGUCCAGAGGUAGAGUAUUAUAUAGGGUCCAGAGGUAGUGUACUAUAUAGGGUACAGAGGUAGUGUACUAUGUAGGGUACAGAGGUAGUGCACUAGGGUACAGAGGUAGUGUACUAUGUAGGGUACAGAGGUAGUGCACUAGGGUACAGAGGUAGUGUACUAUGUAGGGUACAGAGGUAGUGCACUAGGGUACAGAGGUAGUGUACUAUGUAGGGUACAGUUUGUAAAGGUACUGUAUGUGUGUUGUCUGUCUGUCUGUCUGUCUGUGUGUGUGUCUAACUGUGUGUAGGCCAUUCCCCUGCUCCAGAGAGGCCAGACUCAUUCCAUCACGUUGUCCCAGAGUCAGAUAGCUUGUCUGCUGGCCAAUGCCUUCUACUGCACCUUCCCCCACCGCAACUCCCCCAACCCCAGAGCAGAGUACAACAACUACCCCACCAUCAACUUUAACAGGUCAGAAUACACACAACAAACUCCACUGAGGACCCACACACAUAGAGACAAACACUAAGUAUUCCAACUUCAACAGAUGAUAACAUGUGACCACUGUAUCUCUCUGUGUUGUCAGUCUGUUUGGAAAGUGGUCUGAGAGGAAGAGAGAGAAGCUGAGAGCCAUCCUUCAUUACUUCCACACUGUCACAGACCAAGGUAAGUUACUACCACACACUACUAUAGUCACUAUAAUGACUGGAAUACAAGUACUGUAGUGUACUUUAGGGUACUAUGUAGGUUACAGGAACCUAUUUAAGACAUAGUCUGAUGAGUGUAGAUGAGGAAUACCCUCUGAUAAUAGUUGCUGUGGGAACCAGGUUUACCUGAGCUUUGACCCUUGUUGUUGCCAUGACAGCGACCAGGCCCAUUGGACUGGUGACCUUUGAGAGGCGCUACAUCAGCGACAGAGACAUGCCCAACUGGAGGAGGUACACACACACACAGACACACACACACACACACACACACACACACACAGACCAACUUAAUUUGUCUCCUCUUCUAUUUCUCUGUGUGUCAGUUGUAAGGAGACUGUUCCUAAACUCCACGUCACCUCAGCAGACUGCAUAGAGGAACAGGGAACAGGGAUGCUACAGGUUGGUGACAGCUCCAGGCUUGUGUAUGUAUGUGUGUGUGUGUGUGUGUGUGUGUGUGUGUGUGUGUGUGUGUGUGUGUGUGUGUGUGUGUGUGUGUGUGUGUGUGUGUGUGUGUGUGUGUGUGUGUGUGUGUAUGUAUGUAUGGCUGUAUGUAUGUGUGUGUGUAUGUUGCAGGUGUAGAUAUAUGGCUCUGGUGUGUGUGUGUGUGUGUGUGUGUGUGUGUGUGUGUGUGUGUGUGUGUGUGUGUGUGUGUGUGUGUGUGUGUGUGUGUGUGUGUGUGUGUGUGUGUGUGUGUGUGUGUGUGUGUGUGUGUGUGUGUGUAUGUAUGUACAGUGAGGGAAAAAAGUAUUUGAUCCCCUGCUGAUUUUGUGCGUUUGCCCACUGACAAAGACAUGAUCAGUCUAUCAUUUUAAUGGUAGGUUUAUUUGAACAGUGAGAGACAGAAUAACAACAAAAAAAUCCAGAAAAACGCAUGUCAAAAAUGUUAUGAAUUGAUUUGCAUUUUAAUGAGGGAAAUAAGUAUUUGACCCCUCUGCAAAACAUGACUUAGUACUUGGUGGCAAAACCCUGGUUGGCAAUCACAGAGGUCAGACGUUUCUUGUAGUUGGCCACCAGGUUUGCACACAUCUCAGGAGGGAUUUUGUUCCACUCCUCUUUGCAGAUCUUCUCCAAGUCAUUAAAGGUUUCGAGGCUGACGUUUGGCACUCGAACCUUCAGAUCCCUCCACAGAUUUUCUAUGGGAUUAAGGUCUGGAGACUGGUUAGGCCACUCCAGGACCUUAAUGUGCUUCUUCUUGAGCCACUCCUUUGUUGCCUUGGCCGUGUGUUUUGAGUCAUUGUCAUGCUGGAAUACCCAUCCACGACCCAUUUUCAAUGCCCUGGCUGAGGGAAGGAGGUUCUCACCCAAGAUUUGACGGUACAUGGCCCCGUCCAUCGUCCCUUUGAUGCAGUGAAGUUGUCCUGUCCCCUUAGCAGAAAAACACCCCCAAAGCAUAAUAUUUCCACCUCCAUGUUUGACAGUGGGGAUGGUGUUCUUGGGGUCAUUCCUCCUCCUCCAAACACGGCUAGUUGAGUUGAUGCCAAAGAGCUCGAUUUUGGUCUCAUCUGACCACAACACUUUCACCCAGUUCUCCUCCGAAUCAUUCAGAUGUUCAUUGGCAAACUUCAGACGGGCCUGUAUAUGUGCUUUCUUGAGCAGGGGGACCUUGAGGGCGAUGCAGGAUUUCAGUCCUUCACGGCGUAAUGUGUUACCAAUUGUUUUCUUGGUGACUAUGGUCCCUAAGUCCUCUCACGUCACCCCGCUCCUCCGCACACUCCACUGGCUUCCAGUUGAAGUUCGCAUCUACUACAAGACCAUGGUGCUUGCCUACGGAGCUGUGAGGGGAACGGCACCUCCGUACCUUCAGGCUCUGAUCAGUCCCUACACCCAAACGAGGGCAUUGCGUUCAUCCACCUCUGGCCUGCUGGCUCCCCUACCUCUCCGGAAGCAUAGUUCCCGCUCAGCCCAGUCAAAACUGUUCGCUGCUCUGGCACCCCAAUGGUGGAACAAGCUCCCUCAAGACGCCAGGACAGCGGAGUCACUCACCACCUUCCGGAGACAUUUGAAACCCCACCUCUUUAAGGAAUACCUGGUAUAGGAUAAAGUAAUCCUUCUACCCCCCCCUUACCCCAACCCACCCCCCCCCACCAAAAAAAAAAAAAAGUUAUAGCCAGUGGUUAUCCCACUGGCUAUAAGGUGAAUGCACCAAUUUGUAAGUCGCUCUGGAUAAGAGCGUCUGCUAAAUGACGUAAAUGUAAAUGUAACUGUCCCAGCUGCCUUGAGAUCAUUGACAAGAUCCUCCCGUGUAGUUCUGGGCUGAUUCAUCACCGUUCUCAUGAUCAUUGCAACUCCACGAGGUGAGAUCUUGCAUGGAGCCCCAGGCCGAGGGAGAUUGACAGUUAUUUUGUGUUUCUUCCAUUUGCGAAUAAUCGCACCAACUGUUGUCACCUUCUCACCAAGCUGCUUGGCGAUGGUCUUGUAGCCCAUUCCAGCCUUGUGUAGGUCUACAAUCUGGUCCCUGACAUCCUUGGAGAGCUCUUUGGUCUUGGCCAUGGUGGAGAGUUUGGAAUCUGAUUGAUUGAUUGCUUCUGUGGACAGGUGUCUUUUAUACAGGUAACAAACUGUGAUUAGGAGCACUCCCUUUAAGAGUGUGCUCCUAAUCUCAGCUCGUUACCUGUAUAAAAGACACCUGGGAGCCAGAAAUCUUUCUGAUUGAGAGGGGGUCAAAUACUUAUUUCCCUCAUUAAAAUGCAAAUCAAUGUGUAACAUUUUUUACAUGCGUUUUUCUGGAUUUUUUUGUUGUUAUUCUGUUUCUCACUGUUCAAAUAAACCUACCAUUAAAAUUAUUGACUGAUCAUUUCUUUGUCAGUGGGCAAACUUACAAAAUCAGCAGGGGAUCAAAUACUUUUUUCCCUCACUGUAUGUAUGUGUGUAUGUAUGUGUGUGUGUAUGUUGCAGGUGUAAAUAUAUGGCUCUGGUGUGUGUGUGUGUGUGUGUGUGUGUGUGUGUGUGUGUGUGUGUGUGUGUGUGUGUGUGUGUGUGUGUGUGUGUGUGUGUGUGUGUGUGUGUGUGUGUGUGUGUGUGUGUGUGUGUGUGUGUGUGUGUGUGUGUGUGUGUGUGUAAUGCUGUAUGUGUGUAUGUUUGUUAAUUUUCUGAGUAUGUAACACUAAGUGUGUGUGUGUUGCAGGUGGACUUUGCCUGUAACAUGAUAGGAGGUGGAGUGUUGGGCUCAGGUCUGGUUCAAGAGGAGAUUCUGUUCCUGAUGAACCCAGAACUCAUCGUAUCUCGGCUCUUCACUGAGAGACUAGGAGACAACGAGUGUCUCUUCAUCACAGGUGUGUGUGUGUGAUUGAUCACAGGUUAUACCUACCACCCUUUAUAACCCCUCUCUCUCUGUCAUGUCUUCUCUCUCUCUCUCUCUCUCUCUCUCUCUCUCUCUCUCUCUCUCUCUCUCUCUCUCUCUCUCUCUCUCUCUCUCUCUCUCUGUAGGCUCUCAACAGUUCAGUCAGUACAGUGGCUACAGCGACUCUUUUAAGUGGAAAGGGCCUCACAGAGACAACAUUGAGAGGUGAGCACACACUCACACACACACACACACACACACACACACACACACACUCACACACACUCACACACACACACUCACUAAAAUCCCUGAUUGCGCUGCCUGUGUUUGCAGGGAUGAAUGGCAGAGGCUACACAGGCAGAUUGUAGCCAUGGAUGCUCUCCACUUCAGACACCAGAGAGAACAGUACAACAUGAGACAGGUCACCAGGGAACUCAACAAGGUGAGAGACAACCCUCCUCUCCUGUAGGGGACAGACUGCAGCUGAUUAGUAGAAUCAGGUGUGCUAGCUAGAGCAGGGCUGGAGAUAAAUCUGAUGUCGGUGGUCUCCUGUGAUAUCCUCCCUCAGGCGUACUGUGGCUUUAAGGCAGGUGACAACACUCACCCAGACCUCCUUCCUGACAUCGCCAGAGCCUUCAAUGGAGACCCCAAACUUAAAGGUAGCCCUAACUGUUAACCCUAACCCUUGACCCUUAACUUAAAGGUAGCCAUUAGAUUAACAGUACCACAGGCCUACUAUAUGGGUCUAUGUAGCUCUCUGUUUAAAACUGACAAUGAUUCUGUGAUCUGAUUGGUUGUUUUUCCGCUCCCAGCUCUGAUCCAGCUGAUGGCUGCAGCUAGGGCCCAGAGGGGCGUGGCCGUCUUCACCUUGAAGAACUUCAGCUUGGAGAGAGAGCUGCAGAACAUGCACCACCUACUGGUCACACACAGAACUACAGUGGGUGAGUUAGUACACACAGAACUACAGUGGGUGAGUUAGUACAGACAUAACUACAGUGGGUGAGUUACCAUAGUACAGACUCAGAACUACAGUAGAUGAUUUACCAUAGAUAGCAGACACACAGGACUACAGUGGGUGAGUUAUUACACACAGAACUACAGUAGGUGAGUUAGUACAUACAGAACUACAGUGGGUGAGUUCCAUAGAUAGCAGACAUACAUAACUACAGUAGGUGAGUAACUACAGUAACUAUUAGACUACAGGAGGUGAAACCUGAUCUGAAAGUCCUCCUUCCCUUCACUGUGUUUAGUCAAACCUCAUAUCCUCCUAGUGGCUGUGUAAAUGAAGUUUGAUUGAUUGAUGCCUCUCCCCUGUCUCAGGUAAACUGUAUGAGUUGCUGGAUGACUACUGUGCUGUGAUACAGUUGGCUCACACACACGUGGACCUGUUUGACUGGAUCAGGAACACCCUGGAACACAGGAGUCAGCUGUGAGGACACAUCUCAAUACUCUAAAGGAGCUUCCUUUCCUUGUCUCCUUUCCUUUUUAGCAUUAUUGAGAUGCACCCCAGAGAUAGAGUGGCUCUAUGAAUGAUCUGUGGAUAGAAACAUGGUACAAUUCCAAGUAGUGGUUGAUUAUGAAUGUGUUUGUCUUUUCACUACUACACUGUUCCUAAAUCAAACUAAUAAAGUAUACAGGGCUUUCUAACUGCUGCACACAGAAUAAAAUGAUGUCAGCUAAAUCAGAGG